UCCGAAGACACCGCGUUCUCUGCCAAACCUACCCGCAUGUCAUGCUCCACCCACUGCCCUGAUGAACAGACGAGUGGGUUCUUAGCCAAUGGAAAAGUAGGAGUGCAUCAGUGGGCGUUUUCAUUGGCUGGCUUGACUCUGAGUGGACUGGAACUAGCACAAAAUCGGGAGGUAGGUGCUGCGUGGUGAGCCACAAAAGACGCUGCAGUAUAAUAUCUCUGAUUGUGUCAAAACCACUUCGCAGGGGAGUCAGUGCUAGUGCUGUGGAUUUGCCCGUUCCACUCCCAUUCAAAUCCCUGCAUCUGUCAAAAAUGGUACUCACGGGAUCUCAGCACAUAGAAGAGGAGCUACUUCUGCCUCCAGAGGAUCUACAACGGGAAGCACACAUCCCCGACUUAAGUGCUUACCGUAGUCUUUACAAGAAGUCAACAGAAGAACCCGAAGCUUUCUGGACAGAGGUUGCCAAGGAAUUCUUUUGGAAGAGCCCACCAGCAGGAGAGAUCCUGCAGUAUAAUUUUGAUGUUACCAAAGGCAACAUUGACAUUAAAUUCAUGGAGGGUGCCAAAACCAACAUAUGCUACAAUGUCCUUGACAGAAAUGUUCACGACAAAAAGCUGGGAGACAAAGUGGCGUUCUACUGGGAAGGGAACUCCCCUGAUCACCAGGUUUCCAUCACUUACAGUCAGCUGUUGACACAGGUGUGUCGCUGUGCCAAUGUCUUGAAGCGGAUGGGUAUAAGAAAGGGAGACAGAGUUGCCAUCUACCUUCCCAUGAUUCCAGAGCUGGUGUGUGUAAUGUUAGCCUGUGCUCGAAUAGGAGCCGUUCACUCCAUUGUGUUUGCAGGCUUCUCUUCCGAGUCUCUUUGUGAACGGAUCCUAGACGCUCAGUCCUCCUUUCUCGUGACAGCAGAUGGCGUUUACCGAGGCGAGAAGCUGAUCAACCUGAAGCACAUUGCAGACGAAGCACUGGAGCGCUGCAGGGACAGAGCCAGCUUUUCUGUGAAGAAAUGCAUCGUCGUGAGACACCAUGCUCUGAGGAUGAAAAAGGGCACUGCGUGCAACAAGCUGCAGACCCCCUGGAAUGUGGAGUGUGACGUGUGGUGGGACGAGGAGAUGGAGACGGCCCCUGAGGAGUGCGAGCCGGAGUGGGUGGACGCUGAGGACCCGCUCUUCAUCCUCUACACCAGUGGCUCCACCGGGAAGCCCAAGGGAGUUCUCCACACAACAGCGGGAUAUAUGCUGUAUACCGCCCUGACGUUCAAGUACGUGUUUGAUUAUCAGCCCAGUGAUGUGUACUGGUGCACUGCAGACAUUGGUUGGAUCACCGGACACUCCUACAUCACCUAUGGGCCGCUUGCCAACGGUGCCACUAGCGUUCUUUUUGAGGGAGUGCCGGUGCACCCUCACCCGGGCCGGUUCUGGGAGAUCAUCGAGAAAUACGGCGUGUCCAAGUUCUACACAGCACCCACAGCCAUUCGCCUGCUAAUGAAGUAUGGGAGGGAGCCGGUCCAGCGGUACAAUCUGUCAAGUCUGCGCGUUCUGGGGACUGUGGGGGAGCCCAUCAACCCUGAAGCCUGGCACUGGUACCACGAGGUGGUGGGGCAGAAGAGGUGUCCCGUGGUGGACACUUUCUGGCAGACAGAGACGGGGGGUCAUGUGCUCACCCCGCUGCCUGCUGCCACACCCCUGAAGCCUGGCUCAGCGACAUUCCCAUUCUUUGGAGUGCAACCCACCAUUCUAAAUGAGCAUGGAGAGGAGCUUGAAGGAGAAGCAGAGGGCUACCUGGUGUUCCGGAAGCCGUGGCCCGGCAUAAUGCGCACCGUGUACGGGAACCAGGAACGAUUUGAAAACACCUACUUCAGGAAGUUCCCAGGGUUUUACGUGACUGGAGACGGCUGUAGACGAGACAAGGACGGGUACUACUGGAUAACCGGCAGGAUCGACGACAUGCUGAAUGUGUCUGGCCACUUGCUGAGCACGGCGGAGGUGGAAGCGGCGCUGACACAGCAUGCGGCGGUGGCCGAGGCGGCGGUGGUCAGUCGGCCUCACGUGGUGAAAGGAGAGUGUCUGUACUGUUUCGUCACCCUGAAGGACGGCUGUGAGUUCAGCCGCACACUGUCAGAGGAGCUGAAGAGACAAGUGAGAGAAAAAAUUGGACCUAUAGCCACACCUGACUUCAUUCAGAAUGCCCCUGGACUACCAAAAACUCGCUCAGGUAAGAUUAUGCGGCGGAUCCUGCGGCAGAUUGCACGGAAUGAGAAGGAUUUGGGUGACCUCUCCACACUGGCUGACCCCAAAGUGGUGGAGGUGCUCUUCAGCCAGCGGUGUGAAGCAGCUGCCUGAGAACCCGCGCCCGCAAGGAACAGGAAGUGCUCCCAACCACACAACUGUGAAAGAUUUUUUUUUUUUUUUAAACUCACCUGGAUUCUAUUUUCUGGUUUACUGGGACAAUCUCAUUUAAAAUCUGAAUCUCUUAACUGGCAUUUCAGUCAAAUGCUUGAAAAUGUUAAAUGUUACUGGAAAAAAACAUGCCAAGUUUGGUUUUAGCUCAUGUAAAACACUGCUUAUUAUAAAGGAAAUGCACUUUAUCCAAAAAAGCAAAACCUCAUUCAAGUUUAUUCGAAGAACAUUAAAGAACUUCAUUCAAAGCACAUAUGCAUAGAAAAGUCUUAGCCAUUCCAAAUCGGGUAAAAUUCUAUUAUUCAUAAGAGAAACUGUAGUACUAUUUUUUGUACUCUUGAUAUUCACUAUUUCAGGACAUAUCUAACACUGAAAAGAUGAACUCCUGGACACAUUUUAUCUCACUCACUUGGGUGACCAGAAGUGAGAAAAGACAAUCGCACAGCCAAAGUUCAGCUCAGGGCACUAGUCUGGAUUUUCAGCGGAGAGAUGGAUAAACUUGUGGGCAGGGUACAGCUUACAUGAAGUAAAAUGCACGUAAAUGCAAAUAUUAUUUACUUGAUAGGAGGUCCAACACUGUGGUAUAAUCUGGUAACAGAAUGUAGUCCUACUUCUAAAGUUAUAUGACAAUCUCUGUCACAUUGUCGCAUAAGAUUCACAUGUUUUACUCUAAACUUGUCUUUCCAUCCUGUCACACACAUGGUUUUCACUUUUUUUAAAGGGUGUCAUAGUUUUUAAGAGCUGCAGUUGAUAAGAUGUGUUACUGUGUAUUUUGUACUUUAAUUAGCUCCCACAUUGUAUGACUUCAGACAGGAAUCCCAUUUAUAGAAUUUAGGUGAAAGUCUACUAUGUACAGUACAGUCCUGCAAGCUUUUUUAAGGUUGUAAUGCUCCACAAAAAAUAAACUAUAUAAUUUA